AUGGCAUCAGAAAUCACCUAUGCCGAGGUGAAGUUCAAGAAUGCAUCACCAGCUGCAGAGGUCAAAGUACCUCCCAAGACAAAGAAGCGUGAGCACCAUCCUCAGAAAUACCCACCAUGGCUCCCGUGGCUGAUCUCACUGCUGCUCCUCUUGGUGUGCAUUGCCCUGGCUAUUGCUCUCCUUGUUGCUCCCUUCUGCCAUAGCAGUGACCAGCCCACAGCUCUGCAGCAGAAAUUCAUGGAGUGGCAAUGCAUGUCAACAAUGUCACAAAGCAAAGAGCAAGGCUGGAAGUGCUGCCCGAAGGACUGGAAACUCUUUCAGAAAAGCUGCUAUUACCUGUCCACUGAUAAAUUGUCCUGGGUUGAGAGUGAGCAGAACUGCACUGGGAUGGGUUCCCACCUGGUGGUGAUCAACAGCAAAGCAGAGCAGAAUUUCCUCUCUAAGGAACUACAAAAAUUAAAAAAUGGAGAGAAUUACUACAUCGGUCUGAAAGCACGGGAGGUAGAACAGUGGCACUGGGUGGACCAGACUCCAUUUAAUGAGACAGCUGCGUUCUGGAGGAAAGGCGAACCAAAUGAUAUGGAUGAUGAAAACUGCGUUGUAAUCCAUAGGUUUUCAAAUCUACCCAACAACUGGAAUAAUGUCGGAUGCUGGAAUCAUCAUCGAAUUUGUGAAGCUGCAGCAGUAACUGUUUGA